UUGGGACCCCUAUUUUCUUCGGGGCCCCGUGCAGCCCAGAACCGAGUCAUAUAUAUAUUGCCUCUUUCAAACAACACGAACGUUUAUGCUCAAAAAAAGGUUUAGGGUUCAUUCCCUUUCUUCUUCUUCGAAAUCUAUCAAUUUUUGAUCGACGAUGAAUAAUUCCGACGAGAAACGGAUUCUUGUGAUGCGUAGCAAUGGAAAUCGUGGUAUGUCUUAUGUAACUCCUCUUUCUCCGCGAGAUUUAUCUGAAAUCUCUGAAGAAAGUUUCGACCUCCCUUUUUUGGAUCCAAACCAACCUAUUCGUUUUAACAGUUGCGGGGGUUUGUUGUUAUUCAUCGAUCGUACUGACCAUAGUUAUCUUUGCAACCCCACAACCAAACAGGUUCAGAUCUUUCCUCCUAAGGAAGCCUCUCCAAUUCCAAAUUAUCUGACCUAUUUGGCUGGUGCUUGUGUUGGCUAUGAUUCUAAAUCUGAUGAUUACAAAAUACUAAGAAUUUGGGAUCGUAAUUACUGUGCGUCAGGGCCUUGUUACCCGAUCCGAAGUUUUGAGUUGUAUUCGUUAAGAGACGAUUCUUUGAAGGAGAUUCCGAGUCCUGCUUUUAUGUGCAAUUCUGGUAUUGGUAAUAUUACAUAUGUUAGAGGCAAGUGUUAUUGGCUUUCUUUGCCUGGCUCCAGAGUUAUAUCGUUCGACUAUAGUGAGGAAAGCUUCUCUUACUUGCCUUUACCACGAAAGGCGUAUACCUUACGUUUUAGCCUUGUCAAUUUUUAUGAUAAAGAAGAUUUGUUAGGUAUUGUUUUCUGUGGGCGACGAGGAGCUAGUUAUGAAGACCCUACGCCUUUGCCUUUGGGGAGUGAAGUUGGUUAUUAUUUUGAGGCUUGGGUAUGGAGAGAAGGGUUGGGGUGCUGGGAUACAAUGUUUAAUGUCUCUCUUGGUGGUGCUGUAGAUGGAUUAGAGGGGGCGAUAUACGGCCGAUUCUUGUUUCUUAAUGGAAGGGAUGACCAAAAUUGUCGUCUAGUAGUUUAUGAUUGGACUCAGAAAGAGUGCAAGGAACUUGGUAUUUAUAAUUAUCAGAAUCCAAUAGAAGUUUUUUGUUAUGUUGAGAGCACCGUUUAUAUGCGCCGUGGAAAGCCAAUCAAUGGAUCCCCUGUUCUUACUUAUGGUUAUUUAGGCAAGGAGGAGGAUGAGUGCCAAGGCAUAUACACUUCUCCUUAUGACACUUUAGAGUAUGACUCUUUCGAUGAAGCCUGCGAUGCAGAUGUCGAUGAUUCUGCUGCUAAUGGAAUCCGUGUCCUUAAUGAUAUAGAGUUGGAGGAGGAGGAGCAGGAGAGGAGAUACUUUGCCGUUAUUGGUAUGGACAAGGAGAGGAGAUACCGUGCCGUUAUGGAGGUUGUGACAAAUGGAGACAUGCCUUAUGCAAAUACAAAGUUUUUCUUAAUCAAGUCAGAUAGUGAGGAUGAUGUGCAUAAGAGUAUUAAGCAUAACAUGUGGUCAUGCACUCCCUAUGGAAACAGGAAGCUUAAUGCUGCAUAUAACGAUGCCCAGAGAAUUGGCUGCCCCAUCUUCCUCUUCUUUUCUGUUAAUGUGUUUGGCCAGUUCUGUGGUAUGGCAGAAAUGAGUGGCCCAGUGGAUUUCCACAGAGAUAUGGAUUUAGAUAAAAGGAGUGGAAGCUUUCCUGUAAAGUGGCACAUCAUAAAGGAUUUGUCACACUUAAAUCUUUUUAGGCACACCAUAUUGCACAACAAUGAGAACAUGCCAGUGACUGACAACAGAGACAUACAAAGGAUAAGCUUCAAUAAAGGUCUGGAUAUGUUUAGAUUAUUCAAGGGCUGUACGUCAAAGACAUCCCUACUCGCCCGAGAACUCUCCCCCAUGGGUAGGGAGAACUCUCCCCCAUGGGUAGGUAGAGGGCAACAAUGCAUGAGAGGAGGUUUAUGACGCGUGAAGGUGGAUCUGGAUGGUUUGUGUUUUUGUUUGAAAUGGGGCAUAUUCGUGUAUUAUGCUUAAGAUUUUCUGUGAAGGUGGAUUUGGAUGGUUUGCGAUUUUGUUUGAAAUGGGGCAUACUCGUGCAUGUUAUGCUUAAAGAUGAGUAACAUAUCGAAGAAGAAAACAUAAGAUUUAAAACUCUUAUGUAGUCUUAUUAUUUACUCCCUAGGGAAUGUCACAUCACUACUUGGUAACCAAAAAAUCAAAUCAAACUUCUAAAACAAAAAGUCAUGAAAAAAUCACCAUUCCAUUUACCUCCGAAGAAAAAUUUAGAUUGACUAUUUUUUUGAGCUGGUGACCAGUGUGAAACGGCUGUUGAUGUAGUGGCGGCGGCUGGAGCCGAGCAUUCAGCGAAGGAUAAUUGCGGCGGAGAAGAAGAAAAGGAGUGAAGAAAAAGGGCGACGGCGGAGCUGGUAACAACCCCGGCCGAAAUCCAUCCUAGCAAAUUGAUCUUUCGAUCAUCUCCAGGAUUCUUCUGAAACUGAGCAGAUUCAGGAGAUGGUUCGGCGGCGGAGAAUUGACGGAAAUGGAAGCGCUGCCGGAGAAGCGGUUGGUCAGCGGGGAAGAUCGGCGGAGAGCUGACCAAGCAGACAUAAUUCUUAUCCAAUUUGUUGAAAUUUUGCGUAGACGACUAAAAUAGAUGCCGCCCUCCGUACUCCAAAAUUAUGCAUGUCUUAUUUUUAGACACUAAUUCUUACUCCCUCCGUCUCACAAAAAUAUGAACGUUUUUUCAUUUUGGAGUGUCUCAUAAAAAUAUGAACAUUUCCAUUUUAGUA